AUGACGACCUCUGCUGUAGAAGAAACUAUCCGUAUUGCACUCAAGGACUCCGACUACGGACGAAUCCUUAAGAGACGAUUGAGAACAACGCGUUCAGCGAAACCCGCCAUUCUCUCUCCUAUGUACUCCCCAAGUGAUCCGACGACAUCCUUGGUGAGCAAGACCGCCAGACUCGGUGCAGGGACAAUCCCUUGCAGUCUGCAUUAUCCGCACGAAGAAACUUGCCGUGCUUCAUUUACAGAAAGGAUUCGCGUACUCGCGCUUCACCUCCUUCCGCUCGACUUCCCCGACAUCGCGAACCAAGCUGUCAGAACAGUCGAGCAAGGCCUCAUGUUGAAGAAAGAGUCCCGACCGGACCCGACCAUCUGUCGGUCCACUGCCCUCAGCUCAAUGGACGCCACGUAUCUCCAAGAGUUUAGAGAUGAAGAGAAGUGUUUCGAAGCUCUCUUAGAUUGGGAGCAUAACCAUAAAGCGCUCGCGGACUCCACGCUUAGACACCCAAGCACCCCUCGCCCGAACCAGAAACUCCCCCCGUACCAGCCGUCUCCACGCCUACGACACCCCCGACGAUGGAAGCUGACGAUGAAGAACACAGGAUACUCAAAGUCGGUGACUUUGACGCUAGUAGAGGGGUAA